AUGGCCCCCCUCAAGCCCUCCUGGAAGCAGCCCUCCCACCCCGACGUCCAAGACGUCGUCGUCAGCGGUGCCGACUUUAUGACCAAGAGCUUGUCUAAAGUGACCGUGCCGCCCUUUGGCCUAUUCGUCAAAUUGGAGUUCCCUCCUUGCACCUUGGCCAGCGAGCCUACCUAUGCUACCGUCCAGAUGGGCAAAGACCAGCAUCUGAACCUCAACAGCGACUUGCUCUACAUCAACCACUCGUGCGAGCCUUCUCUUCAUUUUGACAUGCGAAACAUGAAGAUUGUGGCGGGACCCAAGGGUCUUCAGCCUGGAGAUGAACUCACUCGUAUAGCUGAUAUACCCCGUUCUUCAAACACACAGUUCUUCUACCCAUCUACUGAAUGGGACAUGGCUCAGCCAUUCGAAUGCUUUUGCGGUAAGCCCACUUGCAAGAAGGUUAUUACUGGCGCCAAGGACAUGCCCUCUCAGCUGCUUGAUGGCCUCUGGCUCAAUGACCACAUCCACGAGCUUCUUGAGGAGCAGGCAUUGCUCCGUGAUAACCAACAUCAUGGCUCUCUGUCUGGAUUGUUGCGCCGCGGAAUUACAUCGCGCGAAUUGAGCGGAGAGAUGGGCGGCGAUACUGUUAAGGCCUAA